AUGUUGGUGGGGGUCAUCGCCUCCCUGCUCACCAGCGGCAGCGGCCUGCUGUUCGGGCUCUGGGGCACCCUGCUCUGCCUUGCCGCCCGCGGCGCGGUCGUCCCCGCGUGCGCCGCCGCGUCCAACGCGGGCAAGAGGGUAGCUGCUUACAUGGAGGACAGGGCCCCGGUGAACAUCCUCACGUGGAGGCACCAGGUCAUGAUGUGGAACGGUGGCCUGCGCGGCGGCGUGUCGCUGGUCCUGGCCCUCGAGCUCAACAAGGACUGGUGCCACCCGAAGGAGAAGGACCCGAUCGUCGAGGGCACGUACGUGAUCAUCGUCCUGCUGCUGAUCGUCUGCGGGGGCACCACCACGCGCCUGCUCUCCUGCGUGGGCAUGGCGGAGGCCCAGCCACGGGAGGAGACCGUGCCAGAGCCCGGGAGCGGCGACUCCGAGGGCUCCUCCUCGGCAGACGUCGAGUCGAACGAGCGGCAGGGCCCGCUCGGGAGGCCCGAGCAGCAGGCCAGAGAGCGGACGCCCGCCAGGCGCUCGGAGAAGGAGCUCCGGGAGCGGCGCCCGCUGAUCACGACGGCCCGCGCGAGGUGGUGGGGUACGGCCCUCGUGGAGCUGUGCGAGCCUUGGGUGCUCGGCGACAGGAGGACGGUGGAGGAGCUCGUCCGCGCCGGGGCCCGCACGGAGGUCACCGCGCCCGGCACCACCCCCAGCGGCUGA